AUGACUAAAGAUAACUGCGAUAAAAAUCGUUAUUUAAGAUUUAUUGAACCCGAAGCUCCACCUCCUCCUCCAGCGGAAGUUCCUCCACCUAAGGAACCGGAACCUGCACCCGCUCCUGCUCCUGUUCCUGCACCUGUACCAGAACCAACACCGCCUGCUGAACCACCAGCACCAACACCAGAACCAGCUCCUCCAGCAGCUGCUCCACCAGCUGAAGGUGCUCCACCAGCUGAAGGUACAGCACCACCACCACCUGCCGAAGGAUCUGCCCCGCCUCCAGCUGAAGGCGCACCACCUCCAGCCGAAGGUGCACCAUUAGCCGAAGGAGCACCAGCUACAGCGGCCCCAGCUGAAGGAGCUCCACCAGCAGAGGGUGCUCCUGCUCCAGCUCCAGCUCCUCCUGCUGAAGGAGCACCACCAACGGAAGGAGCACCACCAACUCCAGCUUCAACGACCGAAGGUGCAGCUCCUCCGGCAGAGCCAGCAGCCGCUCCAGUAGCGGCUCCAACUGAUGCAACACCAGCAGCAGCACCAGCAGCAGCACCAGCAGCAGCACCACCUGCGGAUGCUUCAGCCACACCAGCAGUAGCUCCACCAGCUGAUGCUGCAGCACCAGCUGCACCAGUACCAGCACCAGCUGAUGCCGCCGCACCACCAGCGGCACCAGUACCAGCACCAGCUGAUGCAGCCGCACCACCAGCAGCAGCUCCACCAGCAGCGGCACCAUCAGCAGAAGCUCCACCUGCGCCAGCGCCUACUGAAACUAAUCUUGUUUUGAUUUUGAGAGUUACAAUCGUCAUCAGAAGAACAAUUUCAUCAACAAAUAGAGCUAAGUACAUCACGAAUGCACCUGCCUCGUAAUUUCGUCGAGACGGCCAGUGAAGGACAAAGACUUAAUCUUUGUUGACCACAGCGAACACAUCGGCACUAUUCUUCGUUUAUCGUCAUUGACUAUCAUCGUCAUCGUCGACACCAUUAUUCGUCGUGAUCAUCUUUGUGAAGAAGAGAUAAACGAAAAAGAAGAAGCAUCUUAUCGUCAAUUACGAUAACUCUGUAACGAACACCAUGUCAUUAACAAACGAAAACAUUCUAUACGAUUUACAUUUUACCUUAAACGGUCAUAGAGUUCGUUAAAAUUCUUCUAUACGAAAUAAAAACAAAUCGUAUAGAAUAUUACAUAUGAGAAUUUUUGUGCCGUUAGCUUUGUAAAUAAUUCACAACACGUUCGUCUACGCGUAUGUUCAGCGCGUAGAUAUAUAUAUAUAUAUAUAUAUAUAUAUAUAUAUGUAUAUGUAUAUGUAUAUGUAUAUGUAUAUGUAUAUGUA